GCAGUACAAUUUUAUUUCUAGCAUAACCAGUACAAAAAUAAAAAUUGAUUCUUUGAUUAAAUAUAAGUGAGAUGUACAACUUUACAAUCUUAUAUGUAUGUGAUAUCAUCAAAAAGGAUUGUAGUUGGAUGUAUUCAAUUAAUUAUGCGAUGUGGUCGUAAUAAUCUCGAUGUUGACGACGUAGACGAUAUGUCCGAAUAUGACGUUCAUGAUGUCCCUGUGCAUUUCCAACCGCAAAUCUUUCCUAUGGCUUUGCAACAACGACAAGAGGUCUUUCAACAUAGACCAGAUGCACCAGGAACGAGAAGACGUUCACCACCAGAAAUUGUUUCAAAGAUGAUUCAGGCUUUGGAAGAAUUAACUGAAACAAAAUCAUUGCCCGCCAUCGACAAGGUGCGCGGUUGUCAUCGACUUACAUUCGAAUCUUCUUUUCGACUGGUAAACGAAGAAAAUAGUUAAUAUUUAAUAUAACAACGGUGCGUAAAGAUCAUCGUGCGUUAAUAAUAUUCGAUGUUGAAGAUAAUUAUCAUUUUAUGCGAAACAAAAUAUUUAAAUAUUAUUUUCUUAUCUUUUCGUUUGUUCUUACGAAUUGUCGACGUCUUAUUAUUACUUUUCUUUUUUUUCUUAACUUAACAAUUUUCUAUCAGUUUUAAAGUCUAACAAUGUUUUGCAUAAAUAAAAAUAAAAUCACAUUUUUAAUGUUUAACCGAUUAACCGAUCAGCGAAAUUAUGGUACAGGAAUUAUGUAGUGGAUAAAAGUUCAAGGCGAUUUUUUUCAAAAAUUAUCGCAUUAUGUUUCAAGUAUCCGCAAGGUAUUAAAUCUUAAGGGUCAUAAAAUCAUACACGAAAAGUGUACAUGUAUAUCCUUUCAUCGAUUUACUUUUAUACGCGGUAAAUAAUCUCUCCGUUUUUAUGCGGAUUUAUACUCUGUAUCAAUUUACACGAUCUCAUUUUACGCUAUGAGAACAUAUAUUUUUCUAUAAUCUUUAAUGAUUAAGCAAAUUCUCAAAUAUAUCUAGCGAUGAAGAUAAUGAUUUUGUACAAAUUAAAAAGAAAAGAUUGAUUGUUCUAGAUUACGGUGUCGGCAUAGAUAACGAAUAAAAUUUAUUUUUAUUUUUA